GUAUAAACUGAGUUGUUUAUAUUUAAUUGGAAAAUUGUUCAUUCCUUUCAAUUCCUUUUAAUUACACCUGGUUUGUUCUCACUUCCCUCUGCUUAGAUUGUGAUUAUUUUGUAAGCCAUUACACUAAGAAGACAAACACAAAGAUGAAUACUUCUACAGUGAACUUCACCACACCUGAAGCCUCUACAAACUCCACAACUCAUACAUUUGGACUAAUGGACUAUCUAAAAAUCUGUCUGUACAGUAUCAGUUUGUUUAGUCUUCCUAUACACGCUUAUAUUACAUGGCUCAUCAUCAUGGGAACAGCAAGUGGAGUUGCAUCAGAGUUUUUCAACCUCAAUCUCUCCGUUUGUGAGAUUGGUAUCUGUCUCGGUAAUUUGGUCUUUCUACUGUCGAGGUGGUUUUUAUGUUUUAAGCUGUUAAAUUUGUUUUUAUUAGGGCUUACAUUCACUGGUCGUCCUCUGUUUCAGUGUCUGAUCAGUGUUGAACGUUACCUGGCAGUGGUUCAUCCUGUAACCUUUCUGAAGUACAAACCUCUCAGAUAUAGAGUGAUCUGCUGCACUGCUAUAUGGAUCAUUAGUCUUGGCUCGUGUUUAGUCUGCAUGUAUAAUUUCUCCUCGGGCAACUUUUGUGCACAUGCAUGGUUCUCGUCAGUGCAGCUUACACUGCUCAUCUCCAUCCAGCUGUUUUGUUUUGUGGCUGUUCUCAGAGCUCUGAAGCAGUCAGGACCAGGAGAGAGAAGAAGAGAUAGAGAUGAGGAAAACCACAUGAAGAGAAGAGCAUUUAAUCUCAUUCUAAUAACUACUGUAAACAUGAUUGUUCUAUAUUUCCCGUUUGCAAUCACAGGAAUCUCAGUCAUUGUGACAGCAGACAGUAGUUCGACAGUUUGGUUCACUAGUUCGACUUGUUUUGUUCUGGCUGGUUUUGUGCAGCCUUUUCUUCAUAUGCGCCGGGCUGGAAAACUGUCCUGCUUCUGUUCCUCAUAAAAUAUGCAGCUGUAAUGUUUUACUUUUUUUUUUUUUUUUUUUUUUACUAAAGCUGACUUGUUGAUAACUUGUUACUGGGUAAAUAUGUUGCCUGUCUGUUUUCAUCAGCUGUCCACUAGAAUUAACACAGACGACAACACUGUGUUAAAAGCAUAACAUGUAAGAGUGUGAUAAACAUUGAUUCCUCUGUAAAUAUACUUGUAAAGCUCUGUCUAACAGAGUCUACUUGUGUUUUUUUAUUUAUUUAGGUUAAUGUAUAUUGGUAAAAUUAGGAACACUGUUAAUCUCUACAUGGACAUCAAUUAAAAUAUUGCCAUUUCAACCACAUUCUUUAGGAAGUAUAUAAAAAGAGGGACAGUUUUUACUACUCUACGAUACCUGGAACUAAAUCAUUGAAAACACACACACACACACACACACACACAAGCUCUGAAAAUGAGGAUUGCUGAAAUUGGAGGAAAUCCCAAAAUUCUAGUAUU